ACGCUCUCAAAGAUGGCCAGAUACUAAACCAUACGCAGCCAGGCCAGGAACUGGCAAAAGCAGCAUGCUAGAGCUGCCGCCGAAGAUGACAACUUAGGAAAGCGCCUGUUUCUAAUGCCACCAACGAGUGUGUUUAUAAGCCUGCUGGAUUCAGCGAAAUGCCUCGGCUCCUCCUCCCGACAACACUUUUCUUCUGCUCUAGUCGCCUUUCUUCCAAUAUCUCCUGUGUCUCACCUCAAGCAUAUUGGUUUAUUCAAGCUCCCACUUUUUCGUUUCAACCCUCAUUCCUUCAUUUUCCUGCAAUGGAGUCUAUUGCACAACGCCCUCCUCUUAUCAUUUUGGACCGUAUUAUUUAUUACCUUAAGCCCGGAAAACCCAUACGUGUUGGUCAGCAUGGUCUGAAACCAGCAUAUGCGAUCCUAAUGCCAGUGUCUCAUGUUUGCCAGUCAUGGAGACAAACUUCCCUCGGCCAUAUAUUCCGCUGUGUUUAUGUAGGCACCAAUACCCAGCCGUCACUUAACUGGGCUCAUAAACUUGGUGCUUGUGACCUGAUUAAGGGAAUCACGAUUAAACUUCAAACGAACAACAUAUUCCAGAAUCCAGAAGCAGCCCUGUUAAGGCAGCAUGUACCAAGCGACCUCACGCUGCCAAGCAUUAGAAGUCUCACUUUCAUCUUUAACGGAACGUCUAGCAGGGUAAACCCCCAAUCAGCUAAACUACAUUCACGCCAAUUCGGUGAUGAACUAUUCCGCAUAUUUCCAUCCAUUUCGCACAUUGUAGUGAAGUACAGCUGGGAUCUCUCGCGCUAUAUUAUUCCUUCUUAUAUAGUCGAUCUCUUAAAACGUCUGUUCGCUGGAAGAGCUGCCAUUACUGCUGGCGGGAAUUGUCUGUCCUAUGUACUUCCAUUCCCUGUAGAUACCACUCCCUUGCAGAGCUUCGUCGCCUCUGCUUGUGGUAAAAUGGAAAAUACUUUUGCACUUAUCCGUCAAAACUCGCAGUCUCUACAACAACUACGCCUAAGGCUGAGUGAGGCUGUUCUGAUCAGACGCAUCGUGGCUGACAGCGACGGUUCAGUGGUUGUGUAUCCCAAACUCUAUGAUCUUCGUUUAUGUACUAUGGACAAUUCCAGGAAUGUGGCAGCACGCUCUUCAUCUGCGGGCGUGCCAUUCCCGGCACUUAAAACUUUGGUUAUCCAUGGGCGGAAUUCAUUUUUGGACGACUCCAUUCUCCGUGGAUCAGAAGAUUCGCUUAUAUUCUUGGAUUUGCAUGUAUGGAACAGUACUACCGAGACACUCAUCCGGGCCAAUUUACUGGACAAGGGACAGUUUAGGGCACUGGAGUUUUUGAGACUAAGGACUCCAGAUUCUAGCCCCAGCACAAUUACUGAAGAUCAUAUUUCGGUCAUACUCUGUGCUUUUCGCCGGACACCAGUGAUCGAGGUCAGCAAUGGUUUUUAUUUUGACUACGCCGUUCUUCAGCCACACAUCGACAGGUUUGCCCCAACCCUCCGUGUUCUGGACUUCCGCUUUAUGUGGUGCACUCCUGAAGAGAUCUAUCACUUGAUUGGCUCACUACCAUUCCUUCGCGAGCUUUUGGUAACAUGUAUCCGGAUUGAUGCUUGGUGGGAUACGACGGAUUUGCCAGAUGUGGUCAAUUAUUAUCGACAUAUGGAUUUGGCAAAAAACGACGCCGUCAAUCUCAUUGGCCAUAUUUGCCGGGCUAUGACCAGUGCUAGCAGUGCAGCUCUACCUGGUUCUCCCAUCUCUAAGACUUUGCAAAGUAUUACCAUCUUUCCCAGCGAGUGUGAAGGAUAUGUACAGUCUGCACGGCUGACAAUCAGUCUAGCGUUACGGUGCCCAACAGUCCGCACUUUUCGCUCAUUUUCCUGUAAUGAUAUUGUCAUAUCGCGCUCAGACCUCAUGAGAGUCAAGCACUUCGCUGAGCUUGCUACUCCUUUGAGUACUGACAGCAACUAGGCUUUUGGAGUAUUCCUUACUUUUCAUCAUCAGUAUAUUUCUUCCUAAAGGCUCAAUAACGAAUCGACAGUCUAUCAUUUGUGUUCUUCAGGUGCUAUGUCACCAACUGUGUAUGUAGGCAAACCUCUGGGAUACCAGCGUUUUUAUUCUGAACCGAUCAUUCCACCAGUCAUCCACUG